CUUGUACACAAGACCCGUCGUCAUCCGAACCCACAAAUGCGGUGUAUAAUCGAUUCCCAGUGACUUAUUGCUCUCGCAAUUGAAUAAAUGGACAGAGUGCCCUGCCAACCUGCCUGCUCACUGACCAUUGGCCCCCAACCAUGAGCUGAUUCGGUCCACAACAGCGAAUGCCCUCUCGCAACUCAACAUUCUUUAGGUAUGCCAACAUGCCUGCAUGGUCGGAUCGGUAUCGAAAAUGCUGCUAGAUAAGGCGUCACGGAUUGGUUGGCUACCCAAACAUGUCUUACAGACUAUCCACUUACUGGAGACCAUCUCCAAGGCUGCCCAAUGGCUGUGCACAUAUCUACGUGUCUGCCUCACUGUUGGUAGGCCUCAUGCAGCUUGGCCCGUAUCCACUGCGACUUAGGCGGCAGCCCGCGUUGAUUCUACCUCGAAAUGGAAAAAAGACCCCAAUGGUUAUGUGUUGGGCAUGCAAGGCAUAAAAUCAAAUUCGAAAGCACCCAAGUCUGAAGAACAUUUAAGCUGACAUGAUGUCGUCCUGAGCCUGGCCCAUUCCUCACCACCUUCACUGUCAUCUCAAACCGUACAGUUCCUCCUCUGCAUUUUGUCUCUCCCUGGUAUCGUCAGACCAAGUGCCCAAUCUCACCAUGGGGGUGGCUGAACUGCAAACGGAGGCUCUGAGCCAGCUCCGCUCUCAAGACCAGCUUAACCUUCUGGACUCAAUCGACGAGCUUCGGUCCGAAGGCAUCGAUUACUAUGUCUCUCUUCCUCAGAUCAUUGUCUGUGGUGAUCAGUCGGCUGGCAAAUCCUCAGUCCUUGAGGCAAUCUCUGGCGUGUCGUUUCCGGUCCAGAGCAAGACGUGCACAAGGUUCCCUACCGAGCUCAUCCUCCGACGAACACCUGAGGUCAGCUCAAGCGUCUCCAUCGUUCCAGAUGCGUCACGAACCGAAGAAGAGAAGCGCUCACUCGCUGCGAUGAGCAGGGAGCUUGGGGGUCUCGACGGCUUGGGUGAGGUGAUCGAGGCUGCUAAGGAUGCCAUGGGUAUAAAGGAAUUUGGGAAGACCUUCUCAAGAGACUUGCUUCGAAUCGAAAUCACCGGUCCCGAACGCUCUCACUUGACAAUUGUCGAUCUGCCUGGCCUGAUUCACUUUCCUACCAAGAGCCAGACCGAUGACGACGUGGGAAUGAUCAAGGAUGUCGUCAAGAAAUACAUGAAGGAGUCGAGAAGCGUGAUCUUGGCUGUUGUCUCGGCUAAGAAUGAGAUUGAGAACCAAAUUGUCUUGGACAUGGUGAGGGAGGCUGAUCCAGCCGGCCAAAGGACCAUGGGUAUCAUCACCAAGCCCGACAGACUGAAACCUGGCUCCCCGAGUGAGAAGUUCUUCGUCUCCCUGGCUCAGAACAAGGAGGUCCCUGAGCUCCGUCUCGGCUGGCAUGUCCUCCUCAACUUGGACUCCGAGGAGGAGUCUUUCAGCCUGUCCAAGCGCAAUCUCAAGGAGGACGAAUUCUUCUCGAAGGGCAGCUGGCUGCAUGUUCCCAGUCACCUUUUGGGCAUAGCCAACCUCAAACCCCGGCUCAGCGACGUCUUGAUGAAACAAAUUUACUCAGAGCUUCCCAGUGUCGUGCAAGAAAUCGAGUCCAAGCUUGAAGACUGCCGCAAGAAUCUCGAGCUCAUGGGCCCACGCCGGGAGAGCAAGGAUGAGCAGCAGAAGUACCUUCUCGGAGUCAGCAUGGACUUCCAAAAGCUGGUCAAAGCUGCCAUCGAUGGGGUCUACAAUGAUGCUUUCUUUGAAGGCGCGCUGUCUGAUCGUGGAUAUUCUCAGCGGCUCCGCGCGGUGGUCCAAAACAGUAACCAGGAGUUUUCCAAGCAUCUUUUAGUCCACGGCUCAUAUCGCUACAUCGUCAAGGAGAUCAACGGAGACGUCUACCUGGCCGAUUUGGAAAGAUUACAGGUUACACGCGACGAGUUCAUCACCCACAUACAAACCCUCAUGUCUCGGACCCGUGGCCGCGAGCUGCCCGGCACCUUCAGCCCUAUGAUAGUCGAAGAACUGUUCCGGGAGCAAUGCUGUCUUUGGAAGGGGAUCCUGAGUGGUCACGUCCGCACGGUCGCACGCGCAGCGAGGAUGCUCCUGACUCUUGCUUCCGAGCACAUUGCUGACGGUGCAACCAGCCAACACAUCAUGCGGGAAAUCAUCGAACCUGACCUCGAGAGGAUCAUCAAGGACAUGGAGCUGAAGGCUAAUGAGCUGAUGGAGCCUCACAGGCAGUGGCACCCUGUGACCUAUAACCAUUACUUCACUGAGACCAUUCAGAAAGUCCGGAACGAGCGCCGUGAGGCACACCUUCGUAGGGUUUUGGCCUCUCACCUCGGCAUAAGUCAGAGUGAUAUGGGCUCGAGCGCCUCAUAUGUGCAGUGCACCGUGAACGGGCCCGCGCUGAUAAAAGCCCUGGCCAAUGAUGACGAGCCAGACAUGGACCGCUUUGCCGCCUCUCAAGCCCUCGACUGCCUGGAGGCCUACUACAAGGUCGCACUGAAGCGAUUCAUAGACGACGUGGCGGUAGAGCUGGUCGAGGGAAAGCUCCUGAAGGCCCUUCCCGAAAUCUUCUCGCCGAUCACAGUACUCUCCUUGCCCCCGGAGGUGGUGGACCGUGUGGCGGGUGAAUCAGGCGACAACGUCCGUCGGCGCGGACAGCUGGAGAAGCAGCUCGACGUCCUGAGCAAGGGCUCGGAGGUCUGCAAGCGGUUCGCGGGCAUGGAGCUCAUAGAUGUGAUUGUUAACGGAACACGUGCCUUGGCCAGCGUCAGUGAGCCCGUCAGCGACGAUGAUAUGACAAAUGGGCACGAGCCAUUGCCCGAGGAAGCGCCGGCCAACGAGGUGAUGUCCCUCCCUUCGGACCACGUGUUGGGUUAUACUGGGCAUACGGUGAAUUCCGAUGGCCCGACGUUUCGUUCCAAGAAGAAGAAGAAGAAGAUGUUCGAUUUCGCGUAAGCGUUCCGAUGACAAGACACAUCGAGAAGGAAAACCUGCCCUAUUGAAUCUCGUGGGACCUGUCUACUUGCACAUCUUUUCCGUCAAUUGAGUUGCAUCUAUAAUAUUUGAGAAGCGUGACAUGUUCCCCUUGUACAAGCAUUUGCUGUGAGUCCAAGGAAACAGGAGCUGAGCAUGAACCCUCGAAAAUGCCAACGAAACAGAGAUUUUACAGCGCCGA